AUGGCGUCCUCGCCGUCGCCCCCGUCGGCCGCGCACCCACUCAUCGUCUACCAGCGCGCGCUCGACUCCCACGUCCGCCGCACCGAGCACUGGGGCCUCGCCGUGCUCUUCUCCCGCACCGACGCGCGCAUCUUCGAGAUCGUCGGCAACAUGGACUCCUUCGGCUACGUCCCCCGCGCCGCGCGCAAGUACGCGUCCGACCCCGCCUGGCGCGGCGGCCUCUACAUCGCCCACGUCGCCCCCGCCGACAUCGAUGCGCUCGAUGCCCGCCUGCGCGCGCUGCCCAUCGUGAAGAACGACCCGGACUUCGACUGCCAGACCUGGGUCCUCGGCGCGCUGCGCAUCCUCAAGCAGGACGGCGUCAUCUCGACCGAGAUCGACGUGCGCGAGCCCAUCGUCCGCGCGGAGCUCGAGCUGGAGAAGGAGCGCUGGGAGGCUGCCGACGACACCGUCGACGAGCGCCUCUUCCCCCAUGCCGCCCGGUGA